GUCCGACUGCCAAGUGGUUUCAAAUCAGGUGUUUUCGUCCCUGUGUAUUUAUUAUUUUUAUUUACAAUUAAUUUAUAAUCCGGAAUCGCUUGGAGAGAGAAACAUGGCUAAAUUAGAUCUCUAGUUGCAAGGAUUAUCUGCAUCAGCAUACAUAAUCUGCUUGUUGAUUACGAACAUGCUAUGGUCUUAAUAUGUUUAAAAUCGAAUCCUACAUCACACCAAUACUACUAAGCUAUGUUGACAAGUAUAUUAAAAAUUUCAGGCCUGAGGAUUCUCAGGUCUCUUUGUGGGGUGGAGAUGCAUCGUUCCACAACCUAGACUUAAGACUGGAGGUUCUCGAGCAGGAACUUCAAUUGCCAUUUAGCUUUGUCUCUGGACACAUCCAUGAACUGUUGAUCCAUGUGCCAUGGACAAAAUUGGCAUCAGAACCAAUUACAAUCACAAUAAACACUAUAGAAUGUAUUUUAAAAUUAAGAGGCGCAGAAAGUGCAAGGGAUAAUGGUCAGGCAAAGGAUAAGCAGAAGAAAAAUCAGAAUAAAAGACAAAACAUUGAGACACCUCCCAGCUAUGUGCAGAAUUUGAUUAAUAAGAUAGUCAGUAAUAUAAGGAUUUACUGUAAUAAUUUGAUCUUGAAGUAUGUGGAGGAGGAUAUUGUACUAUCCAUGAAUGUUAAACUCUUAACAUUUGAAUCAGCCAAUGAAAAAUGGGAACCAGCUUAUACAGAUGUAUCGCAAUCGCAUGUUGUUAUAAGGAAGGUGAUUGCUGUGAACGAUUUAACUGUUUGUUUGGACAAGAGGAAUGCCUCGGGGAAGAUCGAUGUCUACCAAGAACCUAUGCUCUAUCGCUGCUCUAUGGUUAUCCAUUUACUAAGAACUUACUAUGUAGCUUCACUUAAGAAGGCUUCGACGACGCGUUUGGAUAUCUAUUGCAAUUCGAUGGAAUUUAGCAUGACGGAACAGCAAAUUCCGAUGCUGCUGCGGCUUAUACAUCUGUUACAAGCUUUGCAUCAGAAGGAGCUAAAAUCCGAAAUUGAAGUAAAUAAAGAUACUGCAGAUAACGUCACAGAACCAAAUGCUGAAUACACGCAAGAUAAACAGUCGUUGGCUGGAUGGGCAUGGUCUUUCUUACCAUCGGUAUUACCUACCAAUUGGGAUGAUUGGGAUAUCACGCAACAAAUCGCUACUAUCGGUCACGUAACACAAAUCAGCUUCUACGUUGAUAAUGCUUCACUAACAUUUAAGGUGUCUGAAUCUAGUAACGAAAAAGGAAAUUACUAUACGCAAAAGAAACUGAAACAUUGGCCUUUGCUGACAUUGCGUUUGCAAGGAAUUUUCAUGGAAUCUAUUACGGUGGGAAGGGUUUGGGUGCACGUUGGUAUGGGCGUUAGUCAAAUGGUGUUGCUGCCCAUUGGUCACUGCAGUUGUUCGGUGCAAGAUGUUUUCGAUGGGACUGCGACAACUGAAUAUCUGAAGGCUGGUUGGGUGUCGGAUGUGCACAAAAGCGAUUCCCUUUUCGACGCAGAGGCUGUUGAAAAUAAGGGACAGAAUAAAAUAUAUAAUAUGGAUUGGGAUACACAUCUGGAGACGCAUACUGAGACCUCGCUCUUGGGUAGAUCGGCAGCUUUUGCCGUGGAUUACAUUUAUAAAUUGGAUGUUCCCGAUGAUACGGCCAGCGAGAAUCUUUCCGAAUUGGGGAGCGACUUAGAAUAUAGUAAUUAUUCGGAAAAGGCUAUGCUUCGAUUCAUGGUUGGGCCUUUGAAGCUGCGAAUCUGUUCGGGUUUGCUGCAUAGAUUAAGUAGUUUACAAGCGGCGGCUUCCGCCUACGAUUACACGCCUUAUAGUAUUCCCAAGCCGGAACCAGUACUGACUGAGUUGCAGCCACCAGCUGCUGAUGAUUAUGACGCGUUGAAUGAGAAUAUACCAACUAGGGUUGUCCGUUAUACUAUGCUGGCUCCGGUUAUAGAAUUCCAAUUGAUGGAUCAUCCGUACUUCCAGGCAACUAAAGGAUAUCUAUUCAAAAAGAGAAAAAAAACGUCUGUGAUAAAUCCAACUCCUUCUCAACAAGUCGACCUGCCAAAAAUCACUUUACAAUGCCAAUGCAUCGAUUUACGUAUAUCCAAUCCCAUGUACAUCAAGCGUUUGCUGCGUACAACUUGCCAAUUACCUGAACCUCCUCAGCAAAUGUUCGACGCUUGCCACACGGAUUUAACAUUGAAAAUAAGCGCAUUCAGCAGUCGUUUGAUCGUUUCCAAUAUGCAAUUUACCAUCAUGACUCCAAGCUACGCGUCUUUCCAAAGCAGGACUAUUCUAAUGCCUCAGUAUUGGAUCAACCCAGAUAUUCCACAUCAACAAUUUAGCUUCGAAUCUGAAGGUAUAACUAUAACGGGGACCAAUCCGAAAAUAGCGUUGGUCGCGCAAAUCAUCGAUAAACUGAUGAAAAUGGACUGCGAGGAUUCCCAAACCACUAUUAUCCAUAGCUCAAUAAUGCAAGAUGCCGUCAAAGAUUCCGGAUUCGUUUAUUUGGAGUUUUGCGUGGAAGCCAUCAACUUUAAGAAAGUCAAAACUAAUACGACAAUUACUUGGGAUGGUAGCUUAGGAUCCAUCAAGGCAUUCGUCUUUGAACCAAUGUCACGUCGAGAUUCCAACGAUACUAUGAUAAACUCAAAUUAUUAUUUAUCCAGCGAGAUUCAACAAGUAUUGGUUUUCUCCGGGCCCGAGUAUAAGGAUGAUUACAAUAACGAUCAACCUUUAUUGAAUGCAACAAUUCAAUUUCCUAUUGAUGCCGAGAAACAGUGUCAUCCUCCAGUGUUGAUGUUUAACUUGCGCGAAAUCAAAAUCUGUUUGGAUCCUUUGAUGUGCAAGUGGCUACUGUAUACACCUAGGAUUGUGCACACCAAAACAGAAGUGAUUUUCGAUUCGAGUCAGAGAAAAUUGAGUCGAAGUUUUUCUGAUGCUAGUGCUUAUGAGACUCCUAGAAGAGCCAGGACACCUUAUGAAUCCAUUCACAGUAGUCUCGACCAAGUCACUAUACCUCAAAAAAUGCAAGCUACAACUAGUAAAGACGACGAGAGCGUCAUUGAUUUUCAGGAGAAGACCUACGACUUUCUUAAAAAGUGGUUCGAUGUUUGGAAAGGUCUGCUGUUGUAUGGCGAUAUAUCGCAAUGCACGAUUUAUUUUCCAGUCAAAUCGUUGUCCGCUGUAGGAUCUCAAGGAAUUCAACAAGCAAUCGAUGAAGCAAUGAGGAAGGAAUAUCCCUCAGAUAUUUUCGUAGUGACUUUACCAUCUGCUGUUAUUCGAAGUUCAUCCUGCAAAGAAAAUCUUAUUCGAUACAUGAACGCUAUGCCUGUGAUAAUGCCGGAAACUGUUUGGACUAAAAGUAGAUCUAGCUUUCCAUGGAACAUAAUAAUUUCCGAUUUUUGUUGCUACACGUGGCAAAAUGGUGAAAAGGUAGUGUGUCUUUCGCCUGUGGUGAUAACAGCAACGGUGGGUUUAUCCACGAAGCACCAUAGACCCGAAAACGAAUCCCAAAGUCUUCCUAUGUUGAAUCUUAAUACCAGUAAGCACGACAUCGAUAGUUUAGGUGUUUGCAUUCACAUCGAUAUGACUCCAAUUGUGAUAUCAAUAUCGGAAUUACAAGUGUGUUUAAUUGCAAGUAUUGCACAUGGAUUAUUUGAAGUAUUAUAUAAUGUAAUGCCUGAACAGCAGGAGAGUGCUAGAAGCGAACCAGCAAUGCAAAUAUCAGCUAGUAAUAACUCGAACCUAUCGCCGACAUUGAUGAAGGAAAGUACAGUGGAAACAAUGAGCGAAAAGACAGCUCGAGUGAACACAGAUAAAUUGGACAAUGAGAACAUCAAAUUAACAGCUUGGAUUCAAUGCACCAUCGCCAAGUUUAGCCUGGAGCUGUUGGCUCAUGACUCAAAGGAUAUUAAAGAGAACGUUUACAAGAAGAGGCCUAAUUUGAAGUUUGUUCUUGAUGCUGAAGAUAUUGUUAGCUCCCUCGACUUUCAAAGCGUCUAUCUCAAAGUUAAAAGCAAAAUUGGAUCUGCUAGUAUAAUGCAUUAUGUCAAGGAAAACCAAAAAUGGAAACCAGGUGAAUUUUUGGGUUUUGUGAUGCAAGCGAACGAUGAACAUCUGAAGUCUGAAAGACAAGAAGACACGAGUUUUGCUAACAUCACCAUAACGAGAGCGAGUUGUCAGCACACCCAUAAUUUGUGGGGAACUGCAAAAAAGAACAAACAAACUGAAGAUAAAGAAGAAACGCGUAAAGUUCAUUCACGAUUUAUAACUGAAAUUGUGUUGAGUCUACAACCAAUAGAUAUACUUAUUUCACCAGCUACUCUGAAAAAUUACUUCUUGGUUUUAGAGCCUCUACUGCAAAUCCCAACUUUGCCAUCCAAACCCAAAAAAGUGGUUAAAUCUAAUUCCAAUUGGAGCAACCGCUCAUUACCUUUGACAUACUUGGAAUUCCACGAUUUUCGUGUAAUCAUGCCUUCUGUUGAACUUGGCAACCAGAAUGCACGGCAGAAUGCAACAAUAUUUGAUAUCAAAGCGAUUAAUCUGACCCCAACUGCCGUUAAUCCCAUUUGCAGAACACCUUGCAGACCGGAUAUUUACCAGCAAGCAGCACAAGCUAGAAUCUUAAACGUUCCAGGAAGUGAUGUUGAGGAUCGUCAAUACCAAUUGGAUAUAUUAGGUAUAUCGAUGCAUACUGGAGCAUGGUCGGAAAUCAAGCAGAACUUUAAAUCCUUUGGAAAAACUGUCACUGUUUUACGAACGAUGAGCGAAAAUCCAGCUUUGGAAUGGAACAAUAUGGGUAGAGCUAAAUUAAAGAAUAGCCCAGAUGGCCAUUUGUAUCCCAUUAUAAGGAAUUUCGAUGUUUCUGUAGUUGCUGCACCAGCAAUGAUCUACAAACGCGAUGUGAUUUGUGGACAUUCCAUGGAGAUUAAUUUUACUUCUGAUAUAAUGUUAACUAUAUCCUUGAGUCAAAUUAAGUUGUUGGACGCUCUCAUAAAUGAAGCGUCUUAUGCGGUUGAAUUAACCAAUUCAAAUAAGUGCACGAAAAAGAGACCUAAAGUGUUUUUCCCUUAUAUACAAUUGGAGAAAAGCGAAGAAGUGCUGGAAACGCAUGAUUACAUGAGAGAUUCAGGCAUAGAAACGUCCGAUAUUCGUAGUACAAAUUAUUCUAUCAAAACUAAGGAAAGUUCUUUUUUGAGAAAGAUGAGCGAUGUUAGCGAAAAAUCGGCGAGUAUAAAGGCUGAACAGACGCAACAGUAUAUUCCUUUAGAUGUUUUGGUAGCUGGCGGAAAAUUUUCGUUUGUUCUCUACGAAAUCGAGAAGAAAAACGCUGUUAGAACUGCGUACGAAUCUGAAACUGAGCAUGGAUAUGAGGCUUCAGAUGAAGGAAGUAUAGAUGAAAGACCGAACGUUGAAAUGUUCACUCCUCUAAUAUUCUUAAAUAUUAUACAACCAAAUGCAUUUUUAUCCGAUACCCAGAUUGGGAAGAAGGUACAAGUUACAUGUUAUGAUCUAGGUAUAAAAAUUGGUGGUCCGGAUCAUCGCAUCAUGAAAGGUACCAUAACCGAAGAAGAUUUUCCUAUAAAACUUCUGGAAACCAAAUCGGGAACACCAAACCCGGAUACAGGAAUCCUACCAGCUUUCUUUACUCUAAAAUGGACGAAAAGUAUGGGUAAAACAGCAACUCUAGAAAUUGAUUUAGCGAAACCCACGAAGAUACUUUGCUCAAUUCCGCGAUGGAUGUAUCUCUUACACAUCCAAGAGAGAAUCAUAGAGAACUUCAAGAAUAACCGAAGCAUAAUCCGGCGUGAGAUAAAGAUUAAGAAACCCGAACCGCAAAGAUCCAUGGAGCAUUACUCAAAAUUCAAAGAAAUUAAGGAUAAAUUUUUCGGCAUUACCCAAUUCACGAUCAAUAUGUCUCAAAUGAUUUUAGCUGUUCAAACAGCCAAGCAUUUUGAAGUACGACUGAGCUUCCAAAAACUGUACAACCAUUUAACUUUAUCGAAUCGUCCCGAGAAGCUUCUGGACUUUCUGAGCUUGGAUUGCGUCACACUUGGCGUGUGCAGAGAUGGUGAAACAAAAUUGCUGUUAAACCCUUGGAAUGUAGUUUUUGAGUUUUCCAUGUUUUGGGAGAGCUGGCAGAGUGUGAACUCUAAUCCUCAACUGCAAGUCUCCAUAGAAAGCGAUUGUAUAAUGUUGGAUGUGAGUCCGGAUAAGAUUCAAUCUUUGGAUGAGAUGCAAAGAGAGUUGACGGAGUUUUGUAGCAAUUUCACUAAAACAACAUCGGUGCCAAUAAAAAUUGAGAGUAAAAAGGUGCCGGUCGGGGAGAAAGAGCAGCAUUACAAAGAUGAUUUGAGAGCCGGUGCUUUCCAGUUCGUCGAUUCCACUAGUAAUAAUGUGGAUGAAUUACCGUUGCCUUAUCAAGUGAUGUUUUGGAAUCGAAAUAUAUCUGCGAUGGCUUGGAGGUAUCCUCAGCCAAGAGCUUUGACUAAAGUGCGCGUAUUUCCAGUUCCGUUUAAAAUAACAACUGGAAGCGAAGAGGACCAACAAAUUCUCUGUCAUUUAGAGUAUUGGUCAGACUGCCAUGGUUGUUAUCAACCAUACACGCAGUUCUAUCUUUCGGAAACAGACAUGUGCCAUUUGGAGUUGCCAAAGAAUUACCCACAACCAGCUGUGGCCUGUACCUGGCGAGUAGUCUUAACACCUUCGAUUAAAGAUUAUUCUUCGAGGGUCUUAGUAUCACCUAGAGCUUUGGCUGGGUGCAUCCGCGUCGAUUCCUACUUCAACAAAAACUUAAUACCGGAAUUAACAGUAGCUGUACACGUUACUUCUUUAAGCAUCAACUUGUACAACUACUUCAACAAGCAUCUGAAUUACACUCUUCACGAUGAUCUAAAGAAUUUCACUCCAGACUUUGUGGUUCCAGAAUACCAAUCGUUCUUAACUUUAACCAUCGAUAAUGCUAAUGCCUUCUUGGCGACGUGGGCGUUUGAAACGGCCGUAUUCGAUGUUAGUGCGUCUAUAAAAUGUCUUAUUUUGGAUUACGGAUUCCUCACGCAGCAGAUUUUUGUUGAACCAUUCACGUCUAAACUGGAGAUCAGCUUAAGUAAAACGAUGGGCAUCAAUUUUAUAUCGAAACCUAUCCACGUGCAUUUCGGUGCUUCUGCAGCGCACACCCUUGGAGUCAGCGCUCAAAACUGGGCGGAUUGCUUCAGUGGAGAAGACAACCGCGAGUUGAUAAUCAUGACCCAUUACGUGAUUUGCAACGAUACCAAUGUUAACUUACGUUUCGGACAGGUGGGUCUUGAAGAUAUAUUUUUACCAUCCAGGUAUUGCCAUCUGUACGCUUGGAGAUCGCAGAAAUGCAAGCAGAUGAUCCGCGUCGCUCUGGAGGAGAAUCAUUGGGCUUGGUCUGAGCCGUUCAGGAUUGAUCAGGACGGCAUCUUCAUGUGCAAGAUAGCUAACAGAAAUUCGAUGAUCGUGGUUACAGUGAAAUCUUUGUCGGCCACUCAGAAAAUGGUAGCCUUCGGAGGUCAACUUAUUGUUUGCAACACUUUAAUUGAGCAUUUGGAGAUGAAAAUUCUGGAAGCCGAAGAAAAAGAUAAGGACAAAGAUUUCAGACACGCCCCAAGUUACAUAAUCCGCGGUAAGAGUACACCGCCUUCGAUGCUCGUCGAUGCCAACAAGGCAUACUUCUUGCGCUUGAGGUUUUUCGGACUGGAAUCUGCUUGGUCUGGUGAUAUACCUUUGAUGGAGAAUACCAAAUGCGCGCAACCUUGGCUUGUUAAAGUGCCGUUACAAGAAAGAGGGCAGUUUCUGAGCGUUUGGUGUAGAAUCGUCGUUCAGAAUUUCGCGAAAGGUACGAAAAUCAUGGCAAUGCUGUGGCCUCUCUUCAUGAUUCGCUCAAAUAUGCCCAUCAAUGCAAAAGUUCGAAUCGAAACUCCUACUCUUAAUGUGCACAUAGAAUCCACAGUUAGCGGCUUAGGAGAGUACCAGCAGCUGUAUUGUCCCGGCACCAUAGACCAUUCUCAUCAACUGACCUUCCAAUUGGAUACUACAACUUCAUCGUCGAAUCCUUACGUUCCCUUGAACUAUAGCUUAGUGGACCAGAAGAACUUCUUCCGCAAAUCAGAGAAGGAAGAUAUCAACGAGAUUCUGGCUGUAAUUAAUAAGUAUGAUAAAUCGCAAUGGCCUUAUUUUAAGGAAGAAUUGGAAGAUGUCGAGUUUACAAUUGAGGAGCAACCUUUGGCUCAUGUCCAGGUUCGAUACCAAAACGCGUGCCAAUAUUCCAGCGCUUUAUUGGUAGAGUUAAUACCUUGGUCUCUGUUAAUUAACACUCUGGGCUGUUCCAUUGCUAUAAUAGUGAAUGAAAAAGAACUUUGCCGCAUUGGGCAUUACGGAAUUGUAACACCACCCAAAUUAGAGGAAACAUUUUAUAUAGGUGUAGGCAUAGGUGGAACGUGGAAUUUAUCGCCGCCUUUACAAUUGGCCAAAUCCAAUUGGACGCAAACAUUUUACAUGCCUCAAAUCACCGGAACGAUUCCUUUGGAAGGUUGCAUCAAAUCCGUAGUCAAAUGUGAACCUUACAUAUGCGUAAUUUCCAUAGCAAGUUCUAUGUCCAACGAGAUCCGAUUGUUGCGAGUCAGUUCUUCGCACGUGAUUACUAGUCAUUUGAAUUUCCAAGUUCAAGUCAUGUGCUUUGCAGUGCCCGAACAUCAAGUCAAUAUGCAUAUGCCUAGGCAUCUGGAAAAACAUGCUUUCACGCUUUCGCCACACCUAAAUAAAAAUAAUACGGGAAUCUCUGUAAUCCAAUGGUACUCUUUGGGAAACAAUACUGAAGACCAAUCAGAAUAUGCGCUUUACGUUUCCUUUGCUUCAAACGGUUCCCACAAUUGGUCUUGUCCAAUUCGCGUGGAUAAAAUGCUUGUUCGCCGUAGUGUUUCCAUACAAACCGAAGAAAUGAGCGUGCCUGUGGUGUUAAUUUCGCAAGAACAUAAAGGACAAACCUUUAUUUCUUUACACCAAGACUUCAAUCCACAAUUGUUAGUCGAAAAUCAGAGCGGUACAAAAAUCUACUGCGCUCAAUCUGGUGCUGAACAGGGCACAAUUUUUUCAGAUUGUGAGCACUUCAGUUGGAUAUGUUCUGUGGAUGAUGGUAAAUCUUGUUACUACACGAUGCCUGUGAUUGCUGAAAAAUUCCCGGAUUUACCGCAACAAAACUACUAUGAAACUUUAGUUUUCGCAUCAGAUCCAGAAAGUGAUCCACAGGGAUUUUUGUGGUCUACACCCAUAAACGUGACGAAUUUCAAUGAUCAAUUUGUGAGAAUACCAUUUUACGGAGAUGUUAGAAUUUCGGUUAAAUAUUCUGUGCACACUAUACAUGUUACCAUAGAGUCAGUCAGUCAGGUUGAGAUUAGCGCUAGAGAUAUAAGAGUUCGUUUGUCCAUGCACGAAAUGGAGACCACUCAAAAUUUGUUCAAUAAAAAAGAAUCUCCAACUGAGAUUGAUGCAUCUGAGAGUUGCACCACGUUGGCUAGCACCACAUAUUUCAGCGCGGAAGACAGUAACUCUUCCUUGAGUUCCGUUAACACUGGAGGUAAGCAUCAUCCGAAGUAUAUAGAGGUGAUGCCUGUGGUUAUGGAGAAGAACCCGAGUCAGUCGUUGAAUGAAAUCGAGGAUGUUAAUGCGAAGAGCAAUCUGAAGGAAUGGACAGCCCUGAGGGUGUUGGUAUUCAUCAAAGGGAUAACCUUCACUUUGACCUCUGAUAUAGAAAACGGAGGCGUAGAAAAGACUGAAGUCGCUAGUUUAACCUGCGACGAUAUUUCCUUGACCGUCACGAGAUCAGAGAUUUCGCAAAUUUGUUUGAGCAUAUCCGAUGUGCAGGUCGACAAUCAAUUGUAUUCGCGUGGUUCAUAUGAUUUUCCGGUUUUAUUGGUAGGACAAGAAGCGAAGAUUAAUAAUUGCUUGAAGAGUCUGAACGUGCCUAUAAUUCAAUUAGUUCAUACCGCUCAAAACGAUUGUUUGAUCAAGGUGGAUCUGAAUGUUGAGACUUGGAAGGAUCCUGUGCAACAGUGUAACGUUACAGGUGUUAGAGAUAUAAAAAUUAAAAUAGAACCAAUUUCGGCUUUCAUCGAAGAUACGUACAUGUACAAACUCUUCGAGUACGUGUCUGUGCUGCAGCCAAGUAAAUUGUUGGUGUGGCCCAAAGCGCGAACGAAAGGCUACGGAAAGAUGAAUUCCAUGUCUGUAAUCAUUCCGGAGCACUUGAUAUGGGGUUCGAGACUUUUGUCCAAGCCAUUAAGCUUACGCACUUUUACUAUUGAACCUCUGUCAGUGCUCCUCUCCAUACAUUGUUCUGUAAAGAUUUACAUAGCCUUGGACCAAUCGCCUCUGCAAUUCGGGAAAUUCGAUAAGAAGCGUUUGUUCACAACGAAUUAUAGACUGGGUCACGCGUUGACUAUGCAUUACUUAAGUGGAGCCAUUUUUGGAGCCGGCUGGGUAGUUGGGUCUUUGGAACUUUUAGGUAGUCCAGGAGGUUUGGCGCGCGCCAUGGGCACUGGGUUGAGGGAUUUCGUUAGUCUUCCAUAUUACGGCUUGAUACAAGGGCCUUGGGCUUUCUUGCGCGGCGUUUCGUACGGAUCCGCCAGUCUCAUGAAACACGUAACAGCAGGAACUUUACAAUCGGUUACGAAAUUGGCAUCUAGUGUAGCUAGGAAUUUGGAUCGCUUGACUUUGGAUGAGGAGCAUUUAAAGAGAACCGAAGAAUCGCGCAGGCAGAGGCCACAAGGUGUAACGCAAGGUUUUAUGCAGGGUUUGACUGGAUUAGGAAUUAGUCUUUUGGGUGCUGUGGGCGGAAUCGCCCAUCAUCCUUUGCAAUCUGUGAUGAUCGAAGGUGCUUCCCCUAGAAGCUUGGUGGCUGGGGUUGGGAAAGGAAUUGUUGGUGUCUUCACGAAACCGUUGAGCGGAGCUGCCGAGUUGAUAGCCUUAACUGGUCAAGGUUUGCUGCAAGGAGCAGGAUGGAAUAAAAUGCCUGAACCAAGGAUGAAUCCCGUACUGAAUCACGUCUACUCAUCUCCGAAUUCCUUGUUGAAGUAUAAAUACAAAUUUUUAUCCGAUGGACACAUCUUGUUCGUGACAGAAGCAACUGCGAUCACGAACAUAAGUCAAUACGAUGCUGUUGCUCUGAUCCUGACCACAGAAUCUUUGGUGAUCAUCGACGUGGAUGAAGACAUGACGCAGAGGGUGCUGAGUUUAUCCGAAUUGUCCGGAGUAAACAACAACGACCCAACGUUGCUAUGCUUGAAGUUGGAUCCACCUAAAGUGAGUUUGAAGACGGAAGAUGAUGAGAUCGUCGAAAUGGAUCCAGUCUCGAGAGCCAGAGUAGCGGAUUAUGUGCGUAGCACUGUAGGUUUAAUGCAAUUACCGGAUAGUCAAAGUCCGGAACAUUCCGAGAUGAGCAUCUCCCCAGAUUCCAGUCCCAGCGGAAGCCCCAACGGCGGUAACGUCGAAGAAACUUUGCUCACCUUCUACGUGAAUCCUCAAAGUCGGAAUUACUUCUUGUGCGUGCUCACUUUGGCCAAACAGCAAUGGCAGGAGUUCAAUUUCCCAAUUUUAUGAAGAAAAAUUUUAAUAAAUCAC